CCAAAAGCUCCUUACAGAGAAACCUCUUACCAGUCACUUUCCACAAAUGGCACAUACACCUAAAGGUACUUAGUGAAAAUCCUUGAGAGGUAUUUAAUGCUAAAGAAGCUAGUCUCCUCAGUGUCUCGCUGAAAUCCAUACACACGCAGGUAAGGAGAAGUGCAGGACAGGCCCAGGACCAGUGAGUGACUUUGCUCCAGUCAGGCUUUGUCACCCCGAGAACUUGCCAGGAUGUGUGACAUGGGGGGCCUGGACAACCUGAUUGCCAACACAGCAUACCUGCAGGCCAGGAAGAGCACGGAUGGGGACACCAAGGAGAUGCAGAGGAGGCGAAAGAGCCUGUCACUGCCCAAGCCUGAGCAGUGUACAGAGGUCAGAGAGGCCCUCCCCGCUGAGUAUGAAAGCGUCUGUGAGCAGCAGCCCAUUGGCAAAAGGUUCUUCAGGGAUUUCUUAGAGACCAUGCCUGAAUACCUCGUGGCCAAGAACUUUCUGGAUGAGGUGUCCAACUGGGAGCUGGCGGAGGACAAUGCCAAAAGCAGCAUCCUGCAGAGCUUGGUCACCAACUUCCUAAAGUCUGGCUCCAAGGACUACCUAGCCUUCAUAAGCUCAGGCCUGUCCAGCAAGUGCCAGGCAGCCACUGAGAAGGACUAUGAGAGUAUCACGCAGCUGGCAAAGGAGGAGACAAAGGCCUUCCUUCAGGAGAAGCCCUUCCAGGACUUCCAGAAAACCCCCUUCUAUGACAAGUUUCUGCAGUGGAAAGUCUUUGAGAAGCAGCCAGUGAAUGAAAAGUACUUCUACGAGUUUCGGGUGCUUGGUAAAGGUGGCUUUGGAGAGGUUUGUGCCAUUCAGGUGAAAAACACCGGCAAGAUGUAUGCAUGCAAGAAACUGGAUAAGAAAAGACUGAAGAAGAAAGGUGGGGAGAAGAUGGCUCUGUUAGAAAAGGAAAUCCUGGAGAAAGUUAAUAGCCCUUUCAUAGUCACCCUCGCCUAUGCCUAUGAGAGCAAGAGCCACCUGUGUCUUGUUAUGAGCCUCAUGAAUGGAGGGGAUCUUAAAUAUCACAUCUACAAUGUGGGAGAGAGGGGAUUGGAGAUGAACAGGAUCAUCUUUUAUUCAGCUCAGAUCACCUGUGGGAUUCUGCAUCUCCACUCUAUCAAAAUCCUUUAUAGGGACAUGAAGCCAGAAAACGUACUCCUGGAUGAUAACGGCAACUGCAGAUUGUCUGAUUUGGGCUUGGCAGUACAAGUGAAAGAGGGGAAGUCCAUCAACCAGAGGGCUGGAACUAAUGGUUAUAUGGCUCCUGAAAUCCUGAAGGAAGAGAAUUACUCCUACCCUGUGGAUUGGUUUGCUAUGGGAUGUAGUAUUUAUGAGAUGGUUGCUGGUCGAACUCCAUUCAAGGAUUUCAAAGAAAAAGUCAAUAAGGAUGAAGUGAAAAAAAGAACCUUGGAAGAUGAAGUGAAAUUUGAACAUGCCAACUUCACAGAGGAGACAAAAGAUAUUUGCAAGCUGUUCUUGGCUAAGAAAGCAGAGGACCGUUUAGGAAGCAGGAGCAGUGUUGAUGAUCCAAGAAAACAUGUUUUCUUCAAAACAAUAAACUUCCACAGGUUGGAGGCAGGCCUCAUAGACCCCCCUUUUGUGCCAGAUCCAUCAGUUGUGUAUGCCAAAGAUGUAGCAGACAUUGCUGACUUCUCUGAAAUCCGGGGGAUUGAGUUUGAUGACAAAGAUAAGAAAUUCUUCAAGAAAUUUGCAACAGGUGCUGUCCCUAUACCCUGGCAAGAAGAAAUUAUUGAAACAGGACUUUUUGAAGAACUGAAUGAUCCUAACAGAGUAGCUUCUGGGGGAUGUGCAAACGGAGGUGAAGCCAAGUCAGGAGUUUGUUUAUUGUUAUAAAUUUCACAUAGUUAACAAAAAGGGGUGAAAAAUGCACCACAGAACUUUCCAGAUUCCAACAGUGUUUCAAAAACUCAGCUACACUGCUUAAGAAGUAUUGUUUAACCUAGACAUGAAAUCACCAAGACAAGUAGGACCACAAAUUAAAUGGCUAUCAACAGGACAAGUAGGACCACAAGUUGAAUGAAUAUUUUACUACUUUGUUCUAGCAACACAGAUAAUCUGUUUGUUGGGUUGGAAGCUAUCAAAAUGAAUUAUCAGAUUUAUUUUAGGAAAUAUAAGAAGACAGCUGUCCAUCACUGCGUGUAUGUGAAAUAUGAAAGCAGUAGCAAGGUGAAGAGAAACCUGUUCUAAAAAUUAAUGAGUCUGUCAUUGUAAUAUAUUCUUUUCUUGAUCUCUCAAUCUCUCUCCUUUUUUUAAUUCAAAUGUUUCCCCUUUUCUACAGUUUUCAAUAAAGGCUUUUAAAUUAUGAAGAAAUACUCUUAGUAAUUAGACAGUGAAUUUGGACUUCAUGCAUCAAACAAACUUCAGAAUCUUUUGACUAUCUAGAUUUCUCAGUUCACCUUAGCCACCGAAUGGUUCCAUAGUAAUAUGUCCAAAUUCUCAUUAAUAUAGAAAAUUCAGUUAGCAUAAGGACAAAAAGAAUGUCAGAUUUUCCUCUGUCUUGACUUAGACUGAGAGUAAACUAGUGAAUUUGAGAAAACAAAUUGACUUAAUAUUGUGUAAACUUAAUCUUUUGAGUAGUUAUACUACACCUUUUAUGAAGAAAUGGAUAUUUGAUUGAUAAUGUACAUUUUUUAUUUUGCUACCAAGUUCAUCAUUCCAUUGGGUUGUCCUGAUAUAUGUGUCUAUAUUUGGUUUAAACUGUGGUUUAAAUUAAACUGACAUACCACUUUGUAACUGGCCUUUAAAAAUAAGUUUCUAAAUAUAAUAACAAUGUUAAUUCAAUCCACCACAAAAAGAAAAUACAUUGCACUAUUUUUAGAAGUGAUAUGGAAAAUGAUGUAAGUUGAUAUAUUAGUCUAACUGUAUAGUUUCACCAGUUGUUGGACAAAACUUUAUAUAUUUCUAUUUAUUUUGAGUUAGAACACCCUGAAAUUAAUUCAUUUGGGAUGCAAUUCUGCACAAAUUCUACAUCAGACAGGUAGUAUGCUUACUACCAAGAGAAGUCCUCAUGACUGUUCAUAUGUUAGUAAUCACUAUACUACAUAGUAACUGCUAACAGGAUUAGGUCUCUUUUGUCCCCCCAGUUUCUACUGAUUUCAAUGGAAGCUGAUGGCGUUCAGCUCCAUAGAGCAUUGGAGCAUUAGCACUCAGUCCUGCAUUCCUUACAGGAGCAAGUUUUCUACUCAACUCAAAGGUUUCUAGAGGAUUAGGCUUCUAUAUCUGAUUUACAGAGGAAUUGCUGAAGAUACUCUGCAUCUAAUGCAGUAGUUUUUAAACUAUGGAUUGUGACCCAGUACUGAGUCCUGGAAUGUCAGGCGCUGGGUCUUGUUGCAGGGUGAUUGGUGGGAGUGCUAAGGCAGGCUUCCUGCCUACUCUGGCACUGCAGGCUGUCUUGUGUCCCAGAAGUGGCCAGCAGCAGGCCUGGCUCCUAGGUAAGAGGGGGGAAGAGUGCACAGGGCUCCAUACUCUGCCCCUGCCCUGAGCACUAGCUCCAUACUCCCAUUAGCUGGGAGCCUGCUGCUGGCUGCUUCUGAGGUGCAACUUGUUCUGUGGUGCCAGGACAGGCAGGAAGCCACCGUAGCACCCCCAAUGCACCGCUUACAGAGAGCCACUUGAAGUAAGGCUCUCCUGACCUAGCUCUAACCACCCCCCCAGCCAAAGCCUCCUCCUAAAACGCAAAGCUCUCAUCCUCAGCCCCACCCCAGAGCCCACAUUUUAGUCAAAAUAUCUUGGGUUGCAGGCCUCAACAAUUUUCUUCAACUGAGUCAUGAGAAAAAAAAGUUUGAAAAUCAUUGGUUUAAUGAACAGUAUGUGGGUUUAAAUAUCCUUAAUAAACUAUUAAUAUAAUAGCUUUGCUCAUUCCAAAUAUGUACCUGUGAAACCAUACAUUUCAGAUACUUAAAAAAUGAUCUAUAAGUACAGGUAAAUACACACAUUUGCUGUUGUAUUUCCUAAGUUUUGUACAGACUGAUUAAGUAUAAAAGGAGUGGUUUCUUUUUCUUCUUUUAAAAAUAUUUCUCCAAUUUUCUUUUUUCUUGUUCUUCAUUUAAUAUGAAAGAUUUUAUUUCAUUUGGAUAAUUCUGUUGAUGAAUGCUAUUUGGGCACCAGAAAUUGAAUUCUGAUAUGGAUCACAUAACCUUUUUUAGAGAUAAAACACAAACAACUACCAUCAUGGAGGACCCUGGCCAGUCUAUCAAAUUAUUGUAACUUUGCUAUUGGCCAAAUUGUGAUUUAUUCUGUUCAUAUGGCAGCAAAGAUGGUUUUGAAAGGGUAUUGAAAGAUGGAUGAACCUGGAGAUAAAAGAUGAUGUUGUGGUUCUAACUAGAGAUGUUAAAAUUAGAUUAAUCAACUAAUCAAAUAGUCGAUGGAAUGUCCAUUGAAUAUUCAAUUACCCAAUAAGGGCCCUUCCGCUUUGAAAGGUGACAAGAGCCACCCGGCUGUUGCUAUAUUUCAAAGUGGAAGUGCCGCAUGGAGCCUGGGGCCAGCAGGGGACUCAG